ACAUAGAGUCAAAGAUCUGAAGCACCAAUGACCUAAAGCCGUGAACAGACCCGAAGCCGCAAAAAGACUCAAAGCACCGAAGACACAAAGCCGGAGCCGCGAAAGGCCCCAAAGCUAUGAAAAGACCUGAGGUUGAAGUCCUGAAGCUACAAACAGACCCGAAGCUAUGAAAGGAGCCUAAGAGACAGCUAACCCUGAAUAUUUUAUUGGACCAUCAAAAACACGUUAAAAUCUGUGACUUCAGCCUGGUAAAGCAGAGCAUCUUUGAUGGCGACCUAACAACUGGCUGGGCCGGAAUCAUGGAAUACAUGGCGCCAGAGAUUCUAAAGAGAAAAGCAUACAAUGCAACAGUAGACUGGUGGUUGUUUGGUGUCACCAUCUGUGAAAUGGCCACUGGUAUGUCACCCUUCAACAACAGUGACACCAAGGAGCUUAUUAAUUCCAUCAAAUUCUGUGAUCCAGAGAUACCUGAUUGGCUGGAUGAAGAUCUAAAACAUCUUCUGGGACAGCCUGUGCCCAGGUGAUGAUUCAUCAGGUGGCACCUUCCACUAAGCAAG